AUGCCCCUUCUGGGCAUAUGCAACAAUCAUGGAGUUCCACGACACCACGUUCCUCACGUACUAUUCUCGAACAUACAUUGCGCGAGAUCCACAAGGCCGUUCUCGGCAUAGGCAUUCAUCACAGCCGUCCACGCGACCACGGGCAUCCUGUCAAAGACCCGGCAAGCGUCGUCCAGAUGCCCCAUCUGGGUGGAGGAGGAUUAUUCCGGAGAAGGAAAUGGGAUCUUUGAUGCCAUUGGCAAUCCUGCGAGGGGAAUCUUCUACUUGCUGCUCGUUUGCGCGAGGAGGAAGAGAGUCAUCCAUGCAAACUUGCCAAUUCCCCCGGCCACGCGACUGUUGGUCUGGGAAAAGAAUCGCGGUCGUGUCGCUGGAGCAGCAGCUGGAAUUCGCAAGGAAGGGGCAUGUUUGCGUCCGGGGAUUGUUCUCCAGCGCUGGAUCCACGCCCAAAUGUGCGAGGAGGAAGAAAUGCUCGCGGCUUACAAACACCGCGUCUUGGUGCUGUACAGGCCCGGGCAUCGAUUUGCGUCGCGUCACAGCGUUGAUCCAAUCCAAGGGGAAUGACGAGCUUGGUUUCCUGCAAAUGUUCCAUCUCCACCGAAGAGCUUCUUCUCUUCUUCCACCCUCGAGUCUGCCUGCCAGGCCGCAGCGGAGCUCCUGGGAUCAAACAGAGUCGACCGACAAGCUUUUCGUUUUCCUUCUUCUAAGGACAAACGUUUUCGCUUGUACCAGGAGUCUCUUCAUCAAGCUCCCAGGAUUCAGUGUCACGAAGUGGUACUCUGAUCUCAACAUAGUCCCGCUCGACACUCACGUUUUGGAUUCCACUCCAUUCACUGUCAAAAAAGGCUUCAAAUUUUCGCCCGUCACAGCCUAG